AUGGUGAUUGGAACAAGGUCCAAGAAUCAAGUGCUUAUUCCUUACGACCUUGAACCAGAGAGAACUGCAAGGAAGUUAGCUCGAGAAAAAUAUUUAGCACAAGAUUCCAACCUUGGUGAUACUUUUCUUAAGGAUUUGUUCCGUGAUCCUGAGAGCAGCACAUAUAUUUUCCAACCUUUGGCACCAGUUGCACACAUGGCCCUAGCCUUACCUGCAGCAGGUCAACCUUUAAGGAAUUCAUUGGCAGCGAGAAUCAAUGCAGUGCCAAGGUGCAUUAUAUAUCCAGAUGUGGAAGAUGGGACAACUUUUGAAAUCAAACCUCACAUCCUCAACAUAUUGCCAUCCUUUCAUGGGUUGCCAAACAGUGAUCCCAAUAUGCAUUUGGCUGAUUUUAUUGAGACGCUUGCACUCAAGAAAGAGAUAUUGGCUUUCGCUCAAAAACCAAACGAGUCUUUCCAUGAAGCUUGGGAACGGUAUAAUGAGAUGUACACAAAAUGUCCUCAUGCUGGGUUUGAUUCUAACCUUCAAAUGAACAUAUUUUAUGAUGGUCUCAAUGCCACCACCAAGAGUCAAGUGAAUGCAUCUGCUGGAGGGUCGUUAAUGUCAAAAUCAGCAAGGGAAGCAUUUGAGUUAUUUGAUAUGAUGGCUUCUGAAUCCCAACAAUGGACAGAAGAACAAACACAAAAGAGGGGAGUUUUUGAGAUUUCUCAGAGUUCUCCUAAUGUUUCUGCUCAAAUUGCUAAAAUGGAAAAGAAUUUUAAUGCCAAGUUUGCUGCCUUAAUGCAGGUCUCUUCCAUGCCCAAUGCCCAAGAAGCGUGCAUCAUUUGUAGUGAGACAACUCAUGACAUCACUCAAUGCCCCAACAAGGAUAGCUACCCUGAGCUUGUGCAAGAGCAUGUGAAUAUGGUGAAUAAUUUCAUUAGACCCAGAAGUGACCCUUAUUCCAAUACAUAUAAUCCUGGGUGGAAGAACCAUCCCAAUCUCAGUUGGGGUGGCAACCAACAGCCACGUCAAUACCAACAGUCUUACCAAUCAACUAGUGAGACUAAGAAACCAUCUCUUGAAGACCAAAUGUCACAGCUAGCUCAACAUAUGUCCGCUCUCUCUAAUAGCACCAACAAUUUUGUCCAAUCAACACAAACUAGCAUUCAGAAUCUCACGGCAUCAGUGGGGAAUUUGGAGACUCAAGUUGGACAGCUUGCUACCAUGUUUAAUGAAAGAGAGAAAGGAAAGUUCCCGAGCCAAUCUGAGCAAAAUCCAAGAGGGAUGGAGCAUUGCAAAGUAAUACGGACAUUGAAAAGUGGCAAAAGCUAUGACAACAGAGAAGUGGUGCACCGUGAAGCCGAAGUGGAAGAAGAAGAGUUUACUGAAAGUGCACCAUUAGCUGCAAAGUCUCGGUCAGAGGCAAUUUCUGAAGCAGGUAUUCCAGAUCCUAGUGCAAGUGACAAAGUGCAAUCUCGACGCAACUCUGAUUCAAACAAGGAAAAAGGCAUUGGUAGUUUAUUUGCACCUUCUGACAAGCCACCAUACAAGCCACCUUUGCCAUUUCCACAAAGGCAGCAACAACGUUCCAAGGAUCAACAAUGCAUUGAAUUCAUGAAGACGUUGGCUAAGGUUCAAAUUAAUCUGCCUCUAUUAGAUGCUAUUAAACAGAUCUCAUCAUAUGCCAAAUUUCUGAAGGAGCUAUGUUCUAAAAAGAAAAAGUUCUUGGAAUAUGAGAAGGUGAUAUUAACUGAGCAAUGCAGUGCUGCUGGGACUAAACCAACUGUUGAAACUCAAAGACGUCUAAAUCCGAUCAUGAAGGAAGUUGUGAGAGUUGAGGUGAUGAAGUUACUCGAUGCAGGUAUCAUUUAUCCAAUCUCGGAUAGCAAAUGGGUGAGCCCGACUCAGGUGGUUCCAAAGAAAACUGGUAUUACUGUGGUGAAGAAUGAUAACAACGAGCUUGUGCCUACAAGGAUGACCACCGGAUGGCGAAUGUGUGUUGACUAUAGAAAGCCCAAUGACAGCACUAGAAAGGAUCAUUUUCCGCUGCCAUUCAUUGAUCAGAUGCUCGAGAGACUAGCUGGUCAUUCUUUCUAUUGUUUCUUAGAUGGUUAUUCAGGGUACAACCAAAUUCCAAUUGCCCCUGAGGAUCAAGAGAAGACAAUGUUUACAUGCCCUUUUGGUACAUUUGCAUACAGACGAAUGCCAUUUGGAUUGUGCAAUGCCCUUGCCACUUUCCAACGAUGCAUGAUGAGUAUUUUUUCUGGAAUGGUUGAAAAUAUUGUCGAGGUUUUUAUGGAUGACUUUUCUGCUUUUGGUAAUUCUUUUGAUAUAUGUUUGGAUAACUUGUCUUUGGUUUUGGAAAGAUGCAGGGAGACUAAUCUUGUGUUAAAUUGGGAGAAAUGCCAUUUUAUGGUUAAGCAUGGCAUUGUGCUAGGACAUCUAAUUUCAAGCAAAGGAAUAGAGGUCGACAAGGCAAAGAUUGAGGUGAUCGUCAAAUUACCACCACCAACUUCUGUGAAGAAUGUGAGAUCUUUCUUGGGACAUGCUGGUUUUUAUCGAAGAUUCAUCAAGGAUUUUUCCAAAAUUAGUCGUCCUCUUUGUAAUUUACUUGCUAAAGAUGCUUGUUUUGAUUUUAAUGCAGACUGUCAUGAUGCUUUCAACAAAUUGAAGAAUCUUCUCACAUCAGCCCCAAUUAUAACAGCUCCAGAUUGGACCCUUCAUUUUGAGCUCAUGUGCGAUGCUUCCGAUUACGCUGUGGGUGCUGUUCUUGGUCAGCGACGUGACAAGCUCCCCCAUGUUAUAUAUUAUGCCAGCCGCACUUUGAAUGAUGCUCAGCUGAAUUAUGCCACUACAGAAAAAGAAUUACUUGCAGUGGUAUUUGCUCUUGAAAAGUUUCGAUCGUACUUAGUUGGUGCUAAAGUCAUUGUGUAUUCUGAUCAUUCUGCUCUCAAGUACUUAUUGUCUAAAAAAGAGGCCAAACCACGAUUGCUUCGAUGGGUCCUUCUCUUGCAAGAGUUUGAUUUGGAGAUUCUAGAUAAAAAGGGACGUGAGAAUGUUGUGGCGGAUCAUCUCUCGAGAUUAGUAAAUGCAAGCACUGAUGAGGCAGAUUCAUUGCCCCUGCAAGAGAGCUUUCCAGACGAGCAACUUCUAGCGGUUACUCAUCAAGUACCAUGGUAUGCUGACAUCGCAAAUUAUUUGGCAUCUGGAGAAAUACCAUCAGAGUUCAGCUACCAACAAAGGAAGAAGUUCCUCUCCACUGUAAAACACUACUUUUGGGAUGAGCCAUACCUUUUCAAGCAUUGCCAAGAUCAAAUCAUUCGUCGGUGUACAUCUGGACAAGUUGAAGUAUCUAAUCGGGAGCUCAAGAGGAUUCUUGAGAAAACUGUCAGUUCAUCUCGAAAGGAUUGGAGUUUAAAGCUUACUGAUGCUUUGUGGGCAUAUAGGACAGCUUAUAAGACACCAAUUGGGAUGUCUCCUUUUCGUUUGGUGUAUGGGAAAGCUUGCCAUCUGCUUAUGGAACUUGAGCACAAGGCAUAUUGGGCAAUUAAGCACCUCAAUUUUGACUACCAAGCAGCGGGAGAGAAGCGGAAGCUGCAGUUGAAUGAACUGGAAGAAAUAAGGAAUGAUGCUUAUGAGAAUGCAAAGAUUUACAAGGAGAAGACCAAGAAAUUUCAUGAUGCUCACAUCCUUCGUAAAGAGUUUCAACCGGGUCAGAAGGUUUUGCUUUUUAAUUCAAGAUUGAAACUAUUCCCAGGAAAGCUAAAAUCACGUUGGAAUGGUCCAUAUCGUGUUGUACAGGUCCAUCUUCAUGGGGCUGUGGAUAUCCAAAACAUGCAAACUGGUUUUGUCUUCAAAGUUAAUGGGCAUCGCUUGAAGUUAUACAAGGAGUCUUCAUAUGAUCUUGCUAAGGAUUCCAUCACUUUGAAGGAACCUGUUAUUUGA